AAACUAUUGAACACGACAUUUUAUUGAUAGUAAAAAGUAAAAACAUUAUGUUUAAUAGUUUUAACUUUUAAGUUUCAAUUCUUACGGAAAUUAUCAAAACAUCGUAAAUACAAUUGUAAGAGGAACCCAACCUAAGGAUGAUGUAAAUAAAUCAAGUUUAUGUGUGCGCAAUAAACUCCACUACAGACGCAUAAUAAGUUCGACAAGAAAAUUAGAAAAAAAUGUAAUCCAUCAUAAUAUAUACCUACGUCCGGUUUAUCAUCGAAAACGCCAUCGCGCCCAAAAUUAAACACAAAACGCUCAACCCCGAAAACGAAAUUGACGAAUCCGUGUGAUACUUGAGUCGUAGACACGACUGUUAUUAUAAUUUUUCCGUACCCAUGUACUAUCGUGGCCCCUCUCCGACUACAUAAACGUCUUCGUCGUCGUCGGCGGUGUCGGCGGCAGCAACGGCGGCGACCGAUCUAGAGGAUAUAUACCUACAGUUCAUCCGUCCGUCCGUCCAUUGAACACGCUACAGUGCUGUUGUAUCGCUGGUCCGAUAAAUACGGCACAAUAUACAUAGUUUUACGGCGACAUUAACAGUGGAAAUAUAAGAUAAAUAUUUACAGUCGGUAUAUUGCACGUUCGAGUUCAGCAGUCAGUUUUCCGCGGGAUAGAUUCGAUCGUCUCCUUUUUUUUCUGGGAACAAGUCUGACUAGCAAAAUCUUCAAUUCUCUUCACAGUACCUAUAUACUAUUAUGAACGUGUUCCGGAUUGUUGCGCUUAUUAGCGCGCUAUGCAUAAACGGGAACUUAGGGUUCACAUCCGGCGAUGAUAAGUUCAUAAAAAAAUACGCCAUGAUGAAGGUGUAUGAAAACUGUUUUGGACCGGAGGUGGUAAAAGAAGUUCGGAAGGAAAUGAAAAUCGCUACAGCUAAGUGCAACGGCAACAUGCCCAUGAGUGUACCGACACCCAACAUAGGCUCUCUGAAACUGGCUGCAACGCCGUCAAGCAUACACGAAUUCAGCAGCACACACCACCAGCAACACCAGCACCAUCAAGCCAAGCCACAAGAGGAGCAAACGCCUUACAGUAAGACGCAAGCUAGUGGUAUUGAUAUAACGAAACUUCAGCAAGCCAUUCUCGCCGGAUACAACAAGCAUCUGCAACAACAGUCUUCUCAUCAGACGUACUCGCAAUCGGCAUCUGCGGCAUCAGCUCCACAUCUACAACCACAACCGCAACAGCAACCGCAACAACAGCAGUACAUCAAACCGUGGACGUCGGGAUCGACAUCGGCGUUUAUGGACCAACAACCGUCGUACAUGACUAACGCUCUAUUCUAUCCACCUAACACGGCAUCAAACCCUGUCAACGACAUGUAUCUGCCAAGAAUAUCCACUGUUCCGCAACAGCCCUAUCCUGGACCGUAUCCCAUGAUGGCCGCCGGUCAAAUGUACCAACCGUACUAUCAACCAUUCUUCCCCACACACCGGACUUCGAGAGUCGGAGGUUUUGACGUCCGCAACCAGAUGGACACGAUGGCUGCCAAAAUGACCGGAAAGAUUCGAAACGUUACAUGUGUUAUGCAGGAACUUGGUUAUCUCAACCAAAACAUGGAACCAGACUAUGAAAAUAUGAACGACAGGGUGAUGAGGUUACCGAUCGCCGAAGAACUUAAACAAGACAUGGUCGAUGGUAUAACAUAUUGCAAAAAGUUUUCGAUGUGCGUACCGGACGAGAGGAAAGACAAGUUCGCUAAAGAAUUAGUACGGCCAAUGUUCUUUUUCAAAUGCUAUAAACAUAAAAAAUUGGAGUCGUGUAUAAUGAAGGACAUCAGAGAUCGUUACACGGCAGAAGAAUUCGGCGAAGACAACAUGGUGACGUCCGAACGAUCUAUGAGAAGUUCACAGUACUUGGAGGAUGAUACUAUCGAACAAACAGUGUUCGAUUACAUUUAUGGUGACAAGUCAAUAGACUUGGACGUUUUACUGUAAGCCGAUUCGCAAGUGUUUAUCAGCAACGAAAUGCUCAAACGCGUCGUCUGUCACACGAAAAAACCCCUAUCACCUGCGUCCUAUAGAAAGUAAAAUUAUAUACGUUUAGUAUAAUUUUUUUUUGUCAUUUUAAUUCGCUAAGAUUAAGAAAUAGCCCGUAAGAGCUUAAUUUAUUAUUGUGUACGUUGGUCCUGGUUUUAAAACGCCACUGAAGAUAAGUGAAAUAAAACCAGCAGUGGCGUUUGGAUACCAGAACAAACUCUCAAUCAGAAAAUUUAUGUAUUUAUUUUAAUUUUUAAGACCUAUUAUAAUUUAUUUAUUAUAAAUAUAUAAACAAUAUAUAUAAUUACCUAUUUGUA